CCGCGGCGGCCAGGUCGGCGCGGGCGGCGCGCGCUGACGGAGGGCGGCGGCCGCGGCCAGGGCGGCCCGUGGGACCGCGGGCCCCCGGCGCAGCGCCGCCCGGCUCCCGGCCCUGCCGGCCUCCUCCCUCGGCGCCGCGGCCAUGGCGGCCAGCGCGAAGCGGAAGCAGGAGGAGAAGCACCUGAAGAUGCUGCGGGACAUGACCGGCCUCCCGCACAACCGCAAGUGCUUCGACUGCGACCAGAGGGGCCCCACCUACGUGAACAUGACGGUCGGCUCCUUCGUCUGUACCUCCUGCUCCGGCAGCCUGCGAGGGUUAAAUCCACCGCACAGGGUGAAGUCUAUCUCCAUGACAACAUUCACACAACAGGAAAUUGAAUUUCUGCAAAAACAUGGAAAUGAAGUCUGUAAACAGAUUUGGCUAGGAUUAUUUGAUGAUAGAUCUUCAGCAAUUCCAGACUUCAGGGAUCCACAAAAAGUGAAAGAGUUCCUCCAAGAAAAAUAUGAAAAGAAAAGAUGGUAUGUUCCACCAGAACAAGCCAAAGUGGUGGCAUCAGUUCAUGCAUCUAUUUCAGGGUCCUCGGCCAGUAGCACAAGCAGCACACCUGAAGUCAAACCACUGAAAUCUCUUUUAGGAGAUUCAGCACCAGCACUGCACUUAAAUAAGGGCACACCUAGUCAGUCCCCUGUUGUAGGUCGCUCUCAAGGGCAGCAGCAGGAAAAGAAGCAGUUUGACCUUUUAAGUGAUCUUGGCUCAGAUAUAUUUGCUGCUCCAGCUCCUCAGUCAACAGCUACAGCCAAUUUUGCUAACUUUGCACAUUUCAACAGUCAUGCAGCUCAGAAUUCUGCAAAUGCAGAUUUUGCAAACUUUGAUGCAUUUGGACAGUCUAGUGGUUCGAGUAAUUUUGGAGGUUUCCCCACAGCAAGUCACUCUCCUUUUCAGCCCCAAACUACAGCAUUUAGAAUGCUUUCAUCUAGCUGCAGUUUUGGGGAAUUUACUUCAGCUUUUCCUCUCCAGGCUACCAACAGUGGAAGUGCUGGAUCAGUAAAUGCUAAUUUUGCUCAUUUUGAUAACUUCCCCAAAUCCUCCAGUGCUGAUUUUGGAACCUUCAAUGCUUCCCAGAGUCAUCAAACAGCAUCAGCUGUUAGUAAAGUUUCGACGAAUAAAGCUGGUCUACAGACUGCAGACAAAUACGCAGCACUUGCCAAUUUAGACAAUAUCUUCAGUGCUGGGCAAGGUGGUGAUCAGGGCAGUGGCUUUGGGACCACAGGUAAAGCUCCUGUUGGUUCUGUGGUUUCAGUUCCCAGUCAGUCAAGUGCAUCUUCAGACAAGUAUGCAGCCCUGGCUGAAUUAGACAGCGUUUUCAGCUCUGCAGCCACCUCCAGUAAUGCAUAUACUUCCACAAGUAAUGCUAGCAGCAAUGUUUUUGGAACAGUGCCAGUGGGUGCUUCUGCACAGACACAGCCUGCUUCUUCAAGUGUGCCUGCUCCAUUCGGAGCUACACCUUCCACAAAUCCAUUUGUUGCUGCUGCUGGUCCUUCUGUGGCAUCUUCUACAAAUCCAUUUCAGACCAAUGCCAGAGGAGCAACAGGCCUUUCUGGAGCAAUGCAUUCUCAAGUGUUUCCUCACGCUCAUUUUGCGGCUACCUUUGGCACCGCGUCCAUGAGCAUGCCUGCGGGGUUCGGUACUCCUGCUCCCUAUAGUCUUCCCACCAGCUUUAGUGGCAGCUUCCAGCAGCCUGCCUUCCCAGCCCAAGCAACUUUCCCUCAGCAGACAGCUUUUUCUCAACAGCCUAAUGGUGCAGGUUUUGCAGCAUUUGGACAAACAAAGCCGGUGGUAACUCCUUUUGGUCAAGUUGCAGCUGCAGGAGUAUCUAGUAAUCCUUUUAUGACUGGUGCACCAACAGGACAAUUUCCAACAGGAAGCUCAUCAACCAAUCCUUUCUUAUAGCCUUAUAUAGACACUUUACUGGAACGAACUUUUACGUGGUCACAUUACAUCUCUCCGCCUCUUGCACUGUUGUCUUGUUUCACUGAUCUUAGCUUUAAACACAAGAGACGUCUUUAAAAAGCCUGCAUUGUGUAUUAAACACCAGAUAAUAUGUGCAAAACAGAGGGCUCCAGUAACAACUUUUAACCUGUGAAUUGGCAGAAAAAGGUAGCGGUAUCAUGUAUAUUAAAAAUUGGCUAAUAUUAAGUUAUUGCAGAUACCACAUUCAUUAUGCUGCAGUACUGUACAUAUUUUUCUUAGAAAUUAGCUAUUUGUGCAUAUCAGUAUUUGUAACUUUAACACAUUGUUAUGUGAGAAACGUUACUGGGGAAAUAGAUCAGCCACUUUUAAGGUGCUGUCGUAUAUCUUGGAAUGAAUGAUCUAAAAUCAUUUUAACCAUAUUGCUACUGGAAAGUUACAAAGUCAAAAUUGGAAGGUUUUAUUCAUUCUUGAAUUUUUCCUUUCUAAAGAGCUCUUCUAUUUAUACAUGCCUAAAUUCUUUAAAAAUGUAGAGGGAUACCUGUCUGCAUAAUAAAGCUGAUCAUGUUUUGCUACAGUUUGCAGGUGAAAAAAUAAAUAUUAGAAAAUAUGCUAUUGUUUUUGUGUUCUUGCUGCAAUGCCUUUACCAAAGUGGCCUUAAAUAUGAGUAGUGAAUUGAGAACAUCUUGAAUUCUUAAAUUAGAAUUUCAGAAGACGUUUAGUGACUUUUAUGUCUAAAAGAAGAAAUUUUAUAAAAGGCCAUGUAGAAAAUUUAUUAAAACUACUAUGACUGCUGUAUUCAGGAAUAUGUCAGUGGUAAAGCAUUUAAAUGUAGCUUGUCAGAUUCACCGUAAUCCUUCUAAUUUCUUUGCAACUUCUUAAUUUUGUGAAAAUUUGUAUAUAUGAAGAAUUUGCAUGUGUGUGUAUUUACAAAUUUUUUUAAGUAUCUUGAAUUCUCAGACUGCAAAAGGCCUAUUUUAACUAUUGAUUUUUUUUAAAAAAACUAUUGUCUUUGAAUGUAUUGGAAGCAGACAUGCAUUAACUGUGACAUGAUUGCACCUCAGUUUUUUGUUUUUUGUUUUUCAUUUGUUUGGACAAGCUGAUAUUAUUAAUAGGACAUUUGUUUAUGUUCAUUUCUGGGGGAAAGAAACUGGAACCCAGUGUUACUCUAAAGUUAUAGAAUACUUUGUUUAAAAAGACAACAAUACUAAUGUUUAGUUAUAUCUUUUUGUUAAUAUUCAAAUGGACUUGUUUAAAUAUUUAUGUACAGUAAUGCCUCAUUCAUCCAGAGAUAAGCUUUCAGUCUCAUCAAAACAGAACAAACUGAGAAAAUUGGAAUAGUUUUUUUAACAAAUGCCUUUGAGCAAUGCACAUAGAUCACAAAGUCUGUAAGUUAGAGCUCAUGCAUUUGUUUUUAUGUGAAAUUUUAAUUAUUUGAUUUUCCAGCCCAUAGCAUCUUAGCUGUUCAGAAUGAGGGCUUGAAAGGAACGAGAUAGAACAAAUUACGAAGAGCAUACACUGUCGAAGACCAUUAUCGUAGGGGCAGCCAGGCCAGCCUAGAGGACAUCACUCUGUUAUCAUCUUCUGAUAAUUGUCUAUUACUGUGACUCUGUGUCAUCAAGAAAAGGUGAAAUUACAUAUACAUAUAUGUAAUACAAGUUUGAAAAGUUUUAUCUUAUAAUGAUUAAAAUUUUUUAAAAAGCUUUGGUAUUAAAAGAGGUGAACAUUAGUUUCCUCAAACAUUUUAUUCACGUUGAAUACCUUUUUCAGUGAUGACUACAUGAAUUACCAUACUAUAUUAAAAUCUGUUGUGAUAAUUUAGACUUGUUAAAAUAUUGCUAUCCAUUGCAUAUCUAGCUGAACCAUUUUGAUCAAGAAGACUAGGAAAUCUCUGCCCCUUUUCUGAGUAGUAUGCCUCUUCUCUUAGAAUUAAAUGAAUGCUGCAAAGGUCUAGGUGUGUGUUGGUGUCUACUUGAAAUGUUUCUACAUUUUUGGGUCUCCCUCCAGCCCCAUUUUCACGGAGGGAAUACUUAAGAAAUGUCUUUGAAUUUCUCUGUUUUAGAUUGUAUUGGGUCCCAAUCAAUUCAUAUGUACAAAGUUAUAUAAUUGUAGGCCAUUACCCAAAUAAGCUACCAGGCUUUCCGUCUAAGAAAUAAGUAAAUUAAACAGUUGUUAUUAAAAUAA